AGGUCCAGGCAAAGAAGCCCCAUGCAGAACACAAUGCCGAGCUGGCCGCGUGCGCUCGUUCCCUUCCACUCCCCACGCCGAUCCCCUAAACCCCUCGCGCCGCGGCCGCCGCCGCCGCCGACGAUCCCUUCCUCCGCCUACGCCUCCUCCCAUGUCCCGCCGCCCCGCUCGCCGCCUCCUCCCCCUCUUCCUCCGUGGCCUUCCCCGCUCCAACACCCCUAGGUCCUUCACCUCCAUCCCCGUCCCUCCCGACACGAUCUCCUCCACCUCCUUCACGUGGCCGCCCCAAUCCCCGCCGCCGGCCCCCGAUCCCGCCGCCCGCUGGACGGCGUCCUGGUCGCCCACCGCGCUGCCGCUUCCGCCCUUCACGGCCGCCCACCUCAGCGCGGCCGUCUCCUCGCUCGCGGCCUCCCUCCUCGCGCUCGUCGGACCGAACCCGGACUCGGAGCCUACCCUCCGCGCCCACUCCUUCCCCACCCUCCUCUCCGUCUCGCCGCUCGCUUCUCUCGAGCUCCUCUCGCUCCUCCGGCCCAGGCCGCAGCUCGGGCUUGCCGUAUUCUCCUUCCGCCGCGCGCUCUCCCCGCCCCCCACGCUCGGCGAGUACUCACUCGCCAUCUCCCUCGCGAGCCGCGCGCGCGACCCCGCCGUGGCAGCCACGCUCUUCGCAGACGCCACCAGCGCCCACUCCCCCGACCAGGCGCUCUACAACGCUCUCAUGGCGGCCUACAUGCACAGCGGCCUCCUGGACAGCUGCCUUGAGGCCUUCGACGCGCUGGAGCGCGACCCGCGGUGUGGGCCGCCCAAUGUGGACUCGUACAACAUCCUCAUCGCCCUCUUUGGGCGAUCCCUCCUCGUUGACCACAUGGAGGCCACGCUCCGGUCGCUCGAUGCUUCUGGCCAUCCCCGUACUAUUGGUACGUACAAUGCAGUCAUUGCCGGGUACCUCACCGCAUGGAUGUGGGACAAAAUGGAAGGGGUGUUCCAUGAAAUGGAGUCAGGUCAUGUUGCUCCAGAUGCUACUACGCAUCUGUUGAUGCUAAGAGGAUACGCUCAUGCCGGGAUGAUCUAUAAAAUGGAGCUGGCUUAUGAGCGUGCUUGCAAGCACGCUGGAAAUGUUGACAUUGUGCAUAUACGUGCAAUGCUAUGCGCAUACUGCAAGUUUGCCCAUGUAGAUAGGAUUCAAAAGAUCGAGGACUUGUUGCAGAGGUUGGGUCGUGAUGAUUACAGGCCAUGGCUGAAUGUGCUGUUAAUUAGGGUGUACGCUCAGGAGGGGCUGGUUGAUGGGAUGGAGCUGCAGAUCGCUGAGGCAUUGGAACGCAAUAUCAUAGUCAACACAGUGCAGGCUGAGCAAGCCGGGUGGAAGCUGUGCCGAAGCUUGUACCACUGCAAGAUGGUGAUGUAUGGGAAGCACCACCGGCUGGAAGAAAUGCAUGGGGUGUUGGAUGAGAUGGAAUGGAUUAGGUUUGACCGGACAAAGAAGACAUUUUGGAUCAUGCACAAGGCAUAUGUUAGUUGUGGCAGGAGGGCUGAGGCAAAUACUAUACUUGCCAUGAUGUGGAAGCAUGGGUUUGGACUUCCUCGCGGUGUUUUUGUCCAAUAACAUGUGAGUUGAUACUCCAUUACUAAUCUACCAACUGCUAUCCACAAAUUUAUGUACUUUUUUUCUUUCGCAUAAAAUGUCUUUUUGUCUCUGCAAUUGUAGCUGCUGAUAUUAGCAUUUUGAAAAGCUAGACAGUGGUGAGCCAGUGGCAUAUCUAAAUUUUAAAGUGAUAUCAGUACAUUUUUCUGUGUAGAAGAAACACUAAGGGUCCAUUAAAAGUACCACAUGCAACAUCAAUUUAACAUUGUGGUCAGGUUCUAAAGUACGAGAUGCUAUCACAAGCAGUUUUUAUGGUGCUCAAGCAUCUGUGGUUCUCUAAGCAGUCUUUGGCUGAGGGGAUGUAUGUUUUGUAGUUGUUCACAAAGAGAUUUACAACAAAGAAUAAUUCUUUUGAGUUUCUCUUUCUUGAAUAGGAUACUAAAUUUUAUGGUUGGAUGGUGAAUUAUGUUUAUUUGUAUUUGAGCUUUCUUGGCGUUACAAUCGAAACUGACCCUUAACUCUGAACAGAAUGAUGCUGGAAUCAGUUUGAGUUAUAAUCUUACUCUACAAUGUCUUUCCAUCCAUUUUUAUCCCCUAUAUUGAGUUCUUCAUCAGCAUAAUCUAGGAGCUAGACUUUAUUGUGUAUAGAUCCUUUUCUUAACACAUACUAUAUUACUGAUGCUCCCACAACCGUGUAGAUACAAGUGGAAGCUCUUCUUUUGUUAUGCUGACUUCACCCUAAAAUUCUGUUAUAUUGAGGCUCAUAUGGUUCUAUUUUUUUUUAUAAAAAAAUUCUUCAGUAUAUCAACAUCUAGACAAUUCAUAUGAGUGGUUUUUGUUUUUGGAAUUCUUGAUGUUGAAAAUCUGUUGGUGCCUAAUACUCAAUAUUUUGCUAACAAGGCUAUAUCUGACAUUUGAGGGCUCUGUGAUAAAAUAUUAUGGUUAGGACCUACAUAUAGCAAUGGCCCAUAACUCCAUACAAGUGAUGCCUAUUGUAGAUAUUGCCAUUAAGGAUAGAUAGCCUCCUAAGCAUUAGUAUUGUCAACAUGAAUCUCAUAAACAUUGGUACCAAAGUUGAUUUCUUGGAAACAUGGUUGAAAAUGAAUAUUAGAGCACCUCCCAGAUGUACAUAUUCAAGAGAGUUCUGCAACAACAGUGCUUUGCGCAGCACAUUAGGCCCCUUUAGGGUACUAUUGUUCAUGCUAUUACCGUGCACCUGUGGCACUGUAGGGUGUGGCUUUAAAUUGCUUUGCUUUAGUUGCAGCGCUUAUGUGAUCAGUUAUUUAGUUACAGAUUAGUCAUUUGAGUUAGAAUAGGUUUAUCUCUAGAUCAAAUCUAUUAGGAUCCCCUUAUAAAUAAGCAGGCAUUACCGUCCUUUUCAAUUAAGAAAGAGAAAAUUGGUCUUUUCUCGACUUAAAAGUUAUAAUCACCCCAAUCUGUGGUCUCUUCUUUCUCCUAACAUCAUCCCCCUUCAGCCAUGACUGGCGGGCCAUCCUUUGUGUGGCUUUUACCCCAUAAUCAUCUUAAGAUUAUUGUAAUUGGGUAUUAGAGCCAACAACAUGGCUUCUGCUACUGGUUACCCACGGCCCAGUUGAAAGCAUCAACAACAUAGUAGUCACUGUCACGGCAUCCAAGCCACAAUGGACAUGAUGGCAACUUCUGAGACUGUCAUAAACCGUUUUCGGGGUCCACUGGUUUUAUAUCACAUGACAGCAGCGCCACCAAUGCCUUGAAGCCAUCAUUUAUCACCAAGGCCUUCAAUGAUGACUGCCACCACAGCUCAAGGACGAGCUAUUGCGUGAGGGAGGGGGAUCUGUCAUGUGCAGCCCAUUGUAGCCUGCUAAGAUGCUGUCCAUGCAGGCUACAGUUGCGUGAAUCAGUUUGCAUUACUUGCAUUGCGUGCAUGGGGAUUAGUUAUAUAGUUAGAGAUAAGUAGUUUAAAUUGCACCACUGCACCCUAUCUUAAGGCAGGAGAUGUGCGGGGAUGUGGACGAAUUCCUAAUUUUGCUCACUUUACUCUUACUUAGACGGUUACACCAUGAUUAACCAAUCGGUAACCAAAGGCUGGAAAUGGGGCCCCUUAACUAGUGGGGCCUUGGCUCGAUCAGCUUGCACACCCCCAUGUAUGCACCUGUUGGUUAGCAGUAAGCCAGUGACCCCUACCUUCAAUAUAUUAAGCAUGGUCAACAUAAAGCUAUAUGAUGUGACCUAUAGACUCUGGCACAUGCAUGUAAAAAGGAUAUUUUUAUGGGGAGUUUGGAAUCCACAUGCCGGGAAGCAGUGGUGGAGCUAUGUGGAGGCCAAGGUGAGUUCUGGCCCUCCCUUGCCUUCCAAAAGUUUCGUAUCUACUUCUAAGCACAUCCAUUAAAAAUUCAAAUUUACUUGUUAAUCUGUUUGUGUAUUGCAUGGCCAAUAUCAUUAUAUCUACCUCCCGUGCUUUUGUAUCUAUAACUUUUCAUGUUUCUUUCCCAAUUUUCUCUGCCUUAUGCAUUAUAAAGUACUUUAUGCACUUCAAUUUUUCAAUUGCUUUAGUAUAGUAGUAAGUAGUUUAGUUUUUGGCGAUCAAAAUACGAACAAAAUCACUAUUUUCCUUGCUACUUUGUUGAUUUAGCGUAUGCAGACAAAUAGUGAUUAGCAUGAAAACUCCCCCCUGCCGUCGCUCCACCACUACCAGGAAGUAAGGUUGUCUUACAGAAAUGUGCAAAAUAAUAUUAUAUUUGCAUCAAUUACCACAACUAUUCACCAAGCCAUAUUAAUGUCAUGAUAAAAUGAAAUUUAUUUCAAAUGAGUGGAUAUAUUGCAAUUAAGAUGUGUAUAAAAAGAAUCUGCUUUGGGUUUGGAAGGAAUGUACUCUAGUAUACCAUGUAUAAACAGUGGUACUAAAAAAACCAUUCAAUGUUUAUUUCAGUCGGUGAUAGGUAACUCUAUGAGGUUAAAAUAAACGACAAAACAUACAGUGGGAAAUGGAACCCUUGCUGAGUAAACAGAGUCUAGGCCUAUAGGCCACACAAGGGUCAUUUUUAAGGAGAAAGAACUGUCUGGUAGGGGCCCUACUGUAUUUUCCUAAAAUUCACUGGGAAAUAUGCUAGUGUGUGCUAAUAAUAAAAGGAACGCACUUUUCACUCAAGUACUUCAGAGUUAAAAGCUCUCCCAGAAAGCUUCCAGUUAACAACCACUGUCCAUGUUUAAAGUUUAAUCCAGCUUUGUGCAUAAAGAUAUGACUAGACUGGUUCUUUUGUUACGAGGGAAUGUCAAGCACAGACUAUAUUGAAUAAUAGGGAACCAAUCGAUGUAAUCAUUGUAUUAGGACAUAAAUUGUGCUGCAGUGAAGCCGCAUCAGCAACAAAAGAAUCUACAGUGUUGAAUUUGUUAUACUGUAUUGCGAUUUCCGACAGUCAGAUCAUGAAAUGUUAUCUGCUUGCGGAGAUUGUCUCUUAUCUUAUAAACCCAAAUUUGGUCAGUGUUUUUACAAUCAGAAUGGAAGGUCUGCUGCAAAGUAAGGUCCUGCUUGGAACAUGGCAAUUUCGAAAUUUUGCAAGAAUCAGUACAGUUCUUCCUCUAAAAUUUGGAGGAAGAAUGUCAGUUUGUCACUACCCACUGAAAAUUAUUUGUAAUAAUGCAUGUUACCAAAUUGUGUUUUACAGUUAAUAUCAUGCUGGUUGGUUAUAAGCUCGACUUGAAGACUUGCUGUAGACAAAUGAGUCCUUUCCUUUUCUUUCUUUUUUGGGUGGCAAAUGACUCUUAUUCUCAGCUACUGAUGUUGGUGAUGAUUUUAAAUGCAUUCACUCUGUGGAGUGAGCUUGUGAUCACUAAGGGCAGGUUUGGAGUCCGCCCACAUCAGCCCCGCCAAUUGUUGGCAUGACCAAUUCAUUGGUGAAGGAUUUGGCUGCCCCAUGCUUUGGCUAGAAUUGUGAGUGAAUGAGCAUCCUUGCAUUUGCAAGCCAAUAUUCUGGCAACAAACAAAACAAGAUCCAAAUAUAUUUGGCAUGACCAAUUUUUGGUACUGUAAGUUGGGGAGCCAACCAAACAAGCCCUACACUGUGUUGAAAUUAGUGCCUUCUUAGUGAUAAUGAACUUAUGAUUUAUCUGCUCCACUUGUUGGGGAAAAUUUUGCUUUCUGACAAGGUAUCUGAUUGCUACAUUAAGCUGUUAACAUCAUAUGUGAUUUCGAUGCCUUCGCUGCUUGAAGAGCAAAAGGACUCCGACAUGAAACCCUAGAGCUCCAAAGUACCAAAAAGAGGAGAGGAUAGUGGUAUGAUCUGGAGUUUAGAACCUGAAAUGACAACUGAGGUUGAUCUAAACAUGCAGGCUUUGUUAUAAUUUGAAGCUGUUACCUUUGUCGCCCAUUCUUGUUCUGUACAUGGCAAUACAGCUGCCCAUGGGGUGAUAUCAAGAAGAUACAUCACGGUCACACAAGAUGAUGCAGCUAAGUGAAAGAUGAGGUCUGCCAGGCAUAUCUGCUUGUUCAAAAUCCAUCCCAGAUGACAUGCAGUAUGAGGUGCCUUCUUGCUUUGUGAUGCAGUUCCAGCUUUAUCAAAGUGAAUGUUUUACAUGGAAAUAUAUGAGGUGUUGACAAAUUGGGAUCUGAUAAGCUUGUUUCGCAUUAAAUGUUUGAAGGUUCACUGUUCUCAGGCACUCUGCUUUGGAAUUCUUCAAUGGUGCCAGACAGCAUCUAUCUUGGAGCAACAGUUAAUAGUCUGCAAAGCUCUAGUAAACAAGGAAGCACUUUGAUGGUUUCAAAGAAACUCAAGUGGUCAUAAACUAAAGGUACAGGGCCUUGUCUAUCAUGUUGAACGAAAGGAACCAAACAUGUAGAAAAUAUCACCAGAGAUCUGCACAUAUUUUCAUUAGGAUCAUUAUAGAGGUGCCAAGGCACUUCUGGGUUAUUUCAUUUUCAGGCUAGAAGAUCUAUAUUUCCUACUGAUCAACAACUGCACCACUUUUUAACAUGCGUGCAAUGAUUCUUUUGUCAAUCAUACAAGUUGUACUGAGCAGAAAUGUAGUUGUCAAGGGUGUCAUAGUGGUGGUCUCCUUUUGCAGCUGCAAGUAGUUUUUGGCUUCUGUUAUAUGGCUUUCAGAUUGGAAUCCAGGUGUUCCAAUUUGUUUGGUCUUCACUCUCCGUGUCUUGUCCUGUUGUGACCUCGAAUGCAUCAGUGAUAUAUCAUGUUCUCGAGGGCCUACUAAAAAAAGGAGAUAUAUCAUGUUGUUGCUUUCGAACAUCGUACUUGUAUUGUAAAAGGAAGUUAUAUGUUUCAUUUGUGAUAUAACGUGUCCAGAAAUAUAAAAUGCCCAUCAGUGGAUAAUGGAA